AUGAGCUCGAGUGAAUCCCAGCGGAGACGUACAGCUGACCCCUGCAUGGAGGAGGAUGCACCAGAGGACCUCUCCUCCCUCAGUGAAUCACUCUCCUCCUUAGUCUCCUUCUCGUCUCCUUUCUUUAAACACUUUGAGCGUAAAACUGAGCUUCUCUCCUAUCUGAUCCUGUGCAUUGCCAAAAUGCCGUUCAUCCCACCUGUGUCGAUCGCUCGAUCCGUGUCAGGACUGACCAACAGGGAGAAACACAUCAACAACUCUUUGUCUGCACCGACUUUAGGAAAAGCGAAGCUCCAAAGAGAGGACAAAGGCAACUCGGUGAAGGAGAGACUGACUUCAAACUUGAAGCAGCUGGGGAAGAAGAGUCAACCCAGGAGUCAUCUGCAAACAUCCAAAGGUUUGUCAGGAGCAGAGCUGCACACCAAGAGAAGAGACCGACUGUUCCCUUCAUCGCAGACGGACAGUGUCCCCGGCUCCAGCUCAGGGGAGUCCCUCUCUAAACCACAGCAGCACAGACACACCAGCCAGAGCUCUUUAAAGAGUGAACCAGAGGUGAAGACCAGAGUGAGGCACCAGGAGGAGGCCCGCUUCACCCUGACCCUCACACCCGAGGCCGUCCUGCUGCUGCAGAGGAGGAACAGCGAGAGACGUCAACAUUCGGCCUCAAGAAACACUGCCAGUGUUUCUGGGAGCGCUUCAGAGACGAGGCGCAGGAGGGAGAACGUCUCCAAGAGGCAUCAGCAGACCACGCAGAGACACUCCGCCCAGAACAACGGCGUGGAAACUAAACACAACUGUGAUGCUGAGCUGGCGGACAUCAGCUCGUUUGUGAAAAUCUCACUGCUGAACGAGAAACACAAGUACGAUGAUGUGGAGUACGAGGACGAGGACGACUACGGUGUGGAUGAGCGGGUGGUGCUGAAGUGUACAGAGUGGCUCCGUGGGCUGGAGAACUCACCUGUGACAGUGGGGAACAGUCUGAGUAAGAGCGCAGGUGGGGUGAAGAGUUUCUGA